AUUAAAUUUUACAAUUUUUACGGUCGAUAUCUUCUUCGAAACGUCGCGACGGAUCCACCCGGUGGAAGCGAGUCAUUCCUUCUUCUCCGUGGCACGAGCGACCUGUUCAACACCUUCCUACUCGAACGCCAGCUAGAUACACACCUCUCUUCUGUCCACGCCCACGCAGCUCAAGUCUUCUCCAACGCAGCAGAGAUGGCAGAUCUAGAGCGUAACGACCAGUUCGGAUUCCUGUACGAGAACCGCGACCCGUGCAAUGCCAUCGCGUUGCUACAACUCGGCGUGACGCUUGUGUCUUUCUUCUUCACGUACACCGUGUGGUGGUCGGGCCUCUUCGGCGUUAUCGUGGCUGCUAUGGGCUACUACGGCUCCGUCCAGCCCGUCAUCCAGAGCAAAGUCAGCUUCAUCCAGUUCUACUACUUCGGCAACUGCUUCAUGCUGCUGCUACAGGCCAUCUCGGCUGUGGUGUUGUUCAUCCUUGUGAGUGAGUGGAAGAAUUUUGACGCUUGGGCUUGGGGCGUCAUCAUCUUUGGCACGUUGUCCUUCGGCGUGCAGCUCUUCGUCACAUACGUGGCUAUUCAGCGUUCGCACGCGUACCGAGCGGAACUGAUGAGAAAUCCUCCGCCGGCGGAGAAUGUUUACGGAGGCAACUCGAACGGAACUGUGUACACGGCUAUGGGAGCGGGAUACAAGGCGCCAACGGCACAGAUCAAAACAAUUUAAGCAGAUGACGUAGACUUCAAGUGCAACAGGCAGCAGAAGGAUGCAUAUUUAGUCUAUAGUUCGGCUGCUGCGGAAUCGUUUGCAAUCCUGACAAUACUUCUAAGACUAUCCUGUUGAUUCUCGUUC